GGCCUUGGUUUCGCGUGGUGGUUGCUAAGGGUCCUUCUUUAGGGCGCCUCGGUUUUACUUUUGCCCGGCGGCGGCAAUCCAAACCGAGAAAAUAGCUCAGCACCAUCAGUCGGCAAGGACUCACGACGCUGUCAACAACUCCGUUUUGCGCAACUCGUAUUCGUAGGUGUAUUUAGUGAGAAAGUUCCCUUUCCGGACAUGCCGAUAUACAAAAAAUCUUCCAAAAAGGCCAGUAGCUAUGAGCUACUGAAUAACAACGUGGAUUAUGGGACGAGGAAAAUCGAUAGUCUACCGGGGGCUUUCCAGCCCCAGGCCACACCCUACCUAGAUCGGAACGAUUUCAGUGAUCGGACAAAACGUGUGUGCAAAAGUGUGACGUCAUUUUAUCUGUGCGCCUGCAAAGCGAUCUUCGUGGGGGAUGUAGGGGUAGGAAAAAGUUCACUAAUCAAUCGGUUCUGUCACGAAAUUUUUGACAGGGGCUACCGGGGAACCGUGGGGGUGGACUUUGAGGUCGAGAAGUUCCAGGUGUUGGAUCAUCCGUUUAGUUUGCAGAUUUGGGACACGGCAGGUCAUGAGAAGUUUUCCUGCAUCGGCAGCCAGAAUUACUACCGAAACUCGAACGUGGUGGUGGUUGUUUUUGACAUGACCCGGAUGGAAUCGUUGAUGAAUACUCGCCGCUGGAUGGCCGAUGUGCUGCGGGUCAAUCAACCGGGAACGUUGGCUUUCCUGGUUGGCACCAAGAAGGAUUUGCUGGACGAAUCCUCGUUGGAGGAGUGUGAAUCGGAAGCUAUCAAAAUGACCAAUGAUUUGAAGGCCGAACUAUGGACGGUAUCGGCUCAUACUGGAGCACAGGUGACACCAUUUUUCCGAAGAAUAACAGCCUUGGCAUUCGAUACGGCCGUUACGAGGCUCAUGGAACCGAAUAAUCCGGUUAUUCAUCCGAGCGGGAAUAGUCUGUUGAAUCUUUACUUCUUAAAAAAGGACGAAAAGAAAAGGAGGCUUAGAAAUUGUUCCUUUUGUAAAAUAAAUUAAAAUAUUUAUUCUAAACCUAAG